CAUGCGUCGAUAUUGGCCUUUCCGCCCCUAACAAAGAUGGCGAUUUAAGUGGGGAGGCGCCCCGCUGGCUUUGCUUCUGCGCGUGCGUGAGGCGCCCGAUUGUUGGACUGCGUCUCGGUUUGUUGCCGCGGUGACGCCAUGACGUGGCGGUGGAGGCGAAAACGGCGAGGCAGAGCGGGCGCGGAAAGGAACGUGACGGAACCUUGCACGUCCAGACUGCCGCCUGAUGUAGCAGCCCAAGGUGUAAACCGGCGUGGAUUAACGCAGUAUCUUCCGGGCACAGCAUUAUAGAUGGUCUUGGCAUCUGCUUUGACAUCGUACAGGUCGAAAAGGGACUUACCUUUUAAAUAACUGAACUCUGUUGCAUUAUCUGCUAUGGUGAUGGCACACAGCCUCUGUUACAACUUAUUGACACCCUCUGGCAGGCAGCUAUUUCAGUCUCCCACACUGGAAGUAUAUGGGAAGAAUGCAUCAUGUGCUGCAGCACGUAUCCAGGAUCCACUGUGCUGGCAGACAGACUGUUUUGUACCAGCAUACUGUAAUUCCACUACACAUCUGGAAGAAAAAGGCUCUAAGCAGGGAGAUGGAACAAGUGAAAGCAUGGACACCAGUAUGGAGUCUCCAGGAUAUAUUCCAAUGGUAAAUGGAAUGAGAACAACUACUACAAAAUCUGAAGUGAAGCAUCCUCCUUUGAGGAAUGAGUUUUUCAGGAGAAAGCACAAGCGGGAGCAGGAGGAAGCUGAUGCUCCUGCUAGAAAAAAACGUCUAACUGAGAAGAUGCUUGACUGUCUGGUGACUCCAGUGAAUGUGUCAUGCAGCUCUUGGCCUUACACUUCCAACCCCCUGGAAAAUGGGAUAUCUGACGUUGCCUCCACUUCUUGGCAGAUUGGGCCUAGCUCACAGGAAUUUAGGGUUAUUGAGAAUGAAGCACCCUAUGUGGAGAUGAAACCUGAUCCGAGCGAAGAGGGAUUGCAGAAACUGAAGGAGAUUGAAAAUCGGCUUGUUGAGGGAGAUGAUCCAGAAGGUGAUGGAAUUGAGGUUUCAGACAUGCCAGUGCUAGUUUUAUCUGAUUCUCUACGAGAAGAACUGAGGCCUGGUUUGGAAGAAAUUUUGCCUCGUAGAAUAAUGGAAUCUCUGAAUCGUCCAUGUAUGGAACUUGUUUUGUGGAGACCCCCGUGUGAGCCACUUUCUGAUAAACUUGCAGCUUUACCGGAGCAAAGAAACUCCAAACAUAAGCAGCCACAGUGCAACUCUGAUGUGUACAACAAGAGCUCAAAAUUGGAUUCAUCCUUAAUGUGUGGUGAUAUGAAUCCAACCAACACAUCUGAAGAGGACAUGGAGCUUUAGAAACAACUUGCAGGACAGACUUGUGGGGUAAAAGCAUUCUGACUUGCAAAGUUUCUCCAUAGGAAGGUGUGGAGUAUUUUCUUCAAGUUUUAAAAAACUUUUAAAAAUGACAUUUUGGAAGUUUUGAUGCCCCCACUGUUCUUGCAUAAACCAAAUUCUGAACAUUGCUGCAGUUUUGUACAGUUUCUGUGUAAUGACUGCGUCUGGGGUAGCCUUUCUAUUUUUGUAAGCCUAUUCCUAUUGCGGUCAAUUGAUCAAAGCUGUGAAGGAAGUAAUCACAGUCUUUUUAACAACUGAUGUGGGUGCGGCAGUAAGUGCUCUAAUUUAUAAUGCACCUAAGAUGCUAAUUGUUUUUGUUUCUAUUUAAUAGAUGGCAAGGUAGGAAAUUGGGAAAAGCUUUUCAAGAGUUGUGCAUGAGAUUUGUCGAGUGUAUGGAUAUAUGUGGAAAGUAUUUUGAACUGUUCUUAAUGUUGAAUGUAAAUAUUUUAUGAAUGACCUGUAACUUGCUAGCCAUGAACUCCUGAUAAAAGAUUGGUUUUCCUAUGCUGUCUUUGACAAAUGGGAGGGAAAAAAAUACUAAAGAGAAUCUUAAUUGGAGUAAAUGCAAAAAAAACCCUUAA